AUGGUGCCUUUCUCUGAUCGCCGAGCAGCGCAGAAGCCGAGGCGGCGCGUCAUGAAUGCGGCAGGAAGGAUAGUCGACGCCAGACAUUCAGAGGAAAGUCAUCGGGAAGGCGAUUCGUCAUCUAAUGAUGCGUCUUCUGAGCCUGAGCUAUCAUAUGCAUUUGUGCAACCCAAGGAGGCCAAGGCCAUACCCUUCCGCGUAGACACACCUGCCUUGAGAAAUGGCAAACCGUCUGACGACAGACUACCGAAUUGGAGAGCUGGCAUCAUCGAUUGCACGAACCCCAUCAUUGUCAACACAAAAAACGGUAUAAAGCCCAGUAUCGUCAACAUAGGCAGGAAUACGAAGGCCAAUCUCACACCCUCCAGUGUUAGGCCCUCGAAUACAGACAAUAUGGGCAAGCUCACAAUCAUUCACUCGGACAAACACAAACAGCUCCAGCCACAGCACAAGUCGUACGAUUACCCUUUCGAGCAACUACAAGUUCCAAAACGGUGCGUGAUACGAGACCAACUCUUCCGAUGUCCUUGUCUUUGGCAUGAGAACACAUCCGACGAUGUCCACAAAAGAGACGCUGAACGUGCAUGUCCUCUUAGCAGUGGAGUAACCCUAGAGACAGACCAUGAAGACGACAAAGGCGAACGAGGUUGGGCAACCCGGGCGAUGAGCUUCUGGAGGUAG